AUGAGCUCGCCAGCGAAGGACAUCACGCAAGACAGCAUAGUCGAGCAUCGUGAUGGUAAGGAGCGCGGAAGCCGGAGGAAUCCUUGGGCAUGCUCUCAAUAUACAAUCGCUGUUACUCUGCUGGGCUUGGGGGCGUUGGUCCUUAUGGCGCAAUCCUUUCUGACUAGGCAAAUGGACAGCAAGGGGUGUGUCAUGUCAUACAUGCGGCCGGCCUACCUCAGAAUGGACGACUUCGACACGGAGCACACUAGGUUCGCAAAUAAAUACGCGUUGUAUCUGUAUCGGGAAGGCGGCAUAGAUGAGGACUCCAGAGUCAAGGGUGUGCCUGUUCUCUUCAUCCCGGGAAAUGCUGGAAGCCACAAACAGGUUCGAUCUUACGCCUCCGAAGCAGCAUACCACUACCACAAUUCUAUUCGCCAUAACACCGCGAGCAGUGUGGGCAAAGGGCCUUUGGACUUCUUUGCUGUGGACUUCAAUGAAGACUUCACGGCGUUUCAUGGACAGACAUUGCUGGACCAAGCGGAAUACCUCAACGAUGCCAUCUCGUUCGUUUUAUCUCUGUAUCAUACACCAUCACGGUUUUUACGAGACUCGGAUCUACCAGACCCAACAUCGGUCCUCAUAGUCGGCCACUCCAUGGGUGGCGUGGUCGCACGCACGAUGCUUACUAUGCCGAACUAUCAAUCCAAAUCUAUCAAUACCAUCAUAACGCUUGCCGCACCUCAUGCCAGACCUCCAAUUUCAUUCGACGGAGAUAUCGUGCGCACGUAUGACGGAAUCAACAAUUUCUGGCAACGCGCUUAUUCGCAAAAGAGAGCGUCCGACAACCCUCUACAGCACGUUACUUUGAUAUCCAUCGCUGGAGGAGGCCUAGACACGAUCGUGUCGUCAGAAUACGCGAGCCUCGCUUCACUGGUGCCUGAAUCACAUGGCUUCACUGUUUUCACAUCCUCCAUCCCGAGCGCCUGGACCGGAGCGGACCAUUUGGCCAUCACGUGGUGCGACCAGGUGAGGAAAAGCGUGGUACGCGCGCUUUACGAUGUCGUUGAUGUCGCGGAACCCGCACAGACGAUCCCACACGUGGACCGCAUGCGUGCGUUCAAGAAGUGGUUCUUGACGGGACUCGAAGAUAAUGCCGAGAAGUCCUUACCGCGUGAAGAUCCAACAACGCUACUGACUGUCGAAACAGAGAGUGCCGUUGUUCCUGAAGGCCAAAGAUUCGUACUGCGGACGCUGGGACGGCUUGCGCCAGGACCUAAGGCGUAUCUCCUUCCCAUCUCGGAAGGCCAACCCGAUGGUAGCAGAUUUAACCUUCUCACUAGCGAACAGUUGGAUUUUGCUGGGCAAGAUGGCAGACUUGAAGUACUGUUUUGUAGCGUCUUGCCGGCUCAACAUGGCCACUCCACAAAUCUUUUCCAAGUCAGUUUGGAUCUGUCGGGUCAUAGCUCCGUCCCCACAAGGCUGGCCUGCAAGAAUGUCGCGUCCGAUGCUGUCAUUCUUCCUGCGUCCACGAUACACUCCACGCAUCCCUCCAAGAACGAUCAAAAACCCUUUUCGUAUCUGCAGUACAAGGUGGAAGAUUUUCGGGGGCAUCAAUUCAUUGCCAUCCUUGACAAGGCCAAGCAGCACAGCUAUGGUUGGGUCGUUGCCGAGUUUAGCAACGAAGCCGAAUCGAUACAUCAGAUCGAUGUCAGCCUGCCUCGCCUUCUAGCUACAAGCUUGAGCCUUCGUCUUCCUGCUCAACGACCAUUAAUCGCAGAGUUCAAUGUUCCCGCGUUGCAUUCGAGCCUCUUGGCGUACAAACUCAACGUUCGACAACUGGGAUGUUCCACAGGCGAGCUUUUCAUGCCACUUGUCCGUCAGUACAUUACCGAAGUCUACGAGAGCAAAUAUUUUGUGAACGUCAAGGAUGCGGAUAUCAAUCUUCACGGAGUCGCGCCAUACAUGCCGCCUCCACUGUUCGCCAAGCAGACUGGUGGCGGCCUUUCUUUCCAGAUCUGGACUGAUCCUAACUGCGAUAGCGGCGUCGAAAUCGCGUUGAAAGUCGAUGCCUUGGGAAGCUUGGGAAAGCUUUGGAUGCGCUACCGCAUCGUUUUCGCCGCUUUCCCGUUGCUUGUCGUCGCACUGGUGCUUCGGCAUCAGUUCAUGGUCUACGACGAGAGUGGUGCAUUCAUCAGCUUUGCCGAAGGCUUGAACGAAUGCAUGCGAGGCUCGCUGCCCUUCACGUUGGUCGCUCUAACCCUUUUGUCCGUCUCACUGGCAGGCAUUCAUGGGCAAUUCUCCGCCUCCGCCCCUGACUCUACCUAUACAGAUGCUAGCCGCUUCAGUGACACCAAUCACGAGCUGUUAUUGGGCUUGGAGGACCCCUUUUUCUGGUUCCUGGUACCGUUGUUCGGCAUGAUGUGCAUCGCUAUCUGCGUGGUCAUCAACUAUGUCGCACUUGCUCUUGUUUCCUUGCUUGCACUGUUAUACUCGCUGUUCACCUCCGCAUCGCGGCCUGACGAUCAUCAAAGGACACCUACUACGUUCGCCGUGUCUUCGACGAGGCAGCGUGUUGGUACAACCCUUAUCCUAUUAUCGCUGGUGUCGACAGUAAUUCCUUACCACUUCGCGUACGUGGUUUUAUGCCUUGUGCAGCUGGCGACAUGUGUACGCAGUCUAAGGCUGGCAAGAGACACGGUUAGUCACCACUUUGUCCAAUUUGCCUGCUCGAUUGCUGACUCGCCCCAGCGACUGGACAUCAACUACAGCUUCUCCAACUACACACACUCCAUUUUGAACCUCAUGCUCUGGAUAUUGCCAAUCAACCUACCAGUGCUCGUAGUCUGGAUCCGCAACCUUACCGUCCACUGGCUUACGCCGUUCUCAUCACACCACAACAUCCUCUCCAUCAUGCCGUUCAUCCUCCUCGUCGAGACGCUGAGCACAGGUCGCAUGAUCCCCCGCGUCCGAUCCCGUCUCUCGCUGCUGACAAACGCUAUACUAUGCUCCAUUGGUGCAUAUGCGGCGGUUUAUGGCGUCACGUACGCCUAUGUUCUGCAUCACCUGGCGAAUAUCUUUUGCGCGUGGCUUGUGGCGAUUCACUUUGAUACCUCUUCACUCUCGGCUGAGCGCAUUGGAAGAAUUCUGGAUACCAUGGAUCCUGACAGCGAUACGAAAAAGCGACCUUGA